AGCUUAAUUUUACAACCUGUUGUAACUGAUAGUAGGAUUUCGUCAGACGGCUGUUGGACACCUCAUUUCACAGUUGUCUUCGUUUGCCGACGUUUCGUGUACUACGUUUCAUUUUUUUUAGACCGAUAUCGUCUCGUAAAACACGACAGGCACUGAACAGAUUCAGACUUGAACCAACAUGAAUAAGGACACGGAGAUCGACAUGAAGGAUGUGGAGCUCAAUGAGCUGGAUCCUGAGAAGCAGCCCAUGACCGGCGACGGGCAGGCAGCAGGCGGCGAGAAAAAUGGCAGCGUCAAGCUGAAGGUUCCUGAGGAUGAGGUCAAAUUCACCGGCCUCACCAAAGAGGAACUGAUGAAGGUGGCUGGCACUCCAGGAUGGGUGCGGACCCGUUGGGUGCUUCUGUUGCUGUUUUGGCUUGGCUGGCUGGGCAUGCUGGCUGGAGCCAUUGUGAUCAUAGUCAAGGCCCCUCGCUGCAAACCCAUCCCUGAGAUGAACUGGUGGAACGAGGGACCCCUGUACCAGAUCUCUAAACUGCAGGCCUUCUCUUCUGAUGGAUUGAAAGGUGUUGAGAGCAAGCUGGACAGUGUGAGCCAGUUAAAGGUGAAAGGCCUGGUUCUCGGCCCUCUGCACACCGUCCAGGAAGAUAAGCCGGAAACCUUGAAGCUGACAGAGAUCGACCCCACCCAGGGAAAGGAGGCGGACCUUGUUACCCUCCUGGACAAAGCCCACAAAAAAGGUAUUUCUGUGGUGUUGGAUGUGACUCCAAACUACAAGGGAAAAGAUGAUUGGUUCAGCGAUGCUACUGCUGCAGAUGUACUGGAGCAAAUCCAGGUUGCAUCAGAGUACUGGCUGAGCAUUGGAGUUGAUGGCAUCAAGGUGUCUGGUCUUGGUGCCGCCUCCUCCUCUCCUGAAUGGUCAAAACUCCGGGAGGCUGUCCGAGACAACCGUACUGAAGACGCCAAGAAGAGGGCACUGAUAGGUGUGGUGGAAAGUAAGUCGGCUUCAGAAGUGUCUCAGCUCCUCAAUACUUCCCGUGUGGAUCUCAUCGUGUCUGACCUGCUCAGCACCAACAGUGGAGGUGUGGAGCGUGCCCAAGCCAUUGAUGCCCUCCACGCUGUUCAGAGAAGUGUGGGUUGGGGCCUCGGUGCCAGCAAAAGGGAUCACCUGUCCAAGGAGGCAGCGACUCCGGCCCUGGUCCGCCUCUACCAGCUCCUGCUGCUCACCAUGCCCGGGACACCAGUGUUCACUUAUGGGGAUGAGAUCGGCCUUCAGGCACAGGGUGCAGAUGGUCCCAUGAUGCUCUGGGACACGGAGGGGGAACCUGCACAAGGAGCUGUUGUGAAUGAAAGUGCUGAGGCUGAGAGGAAGGAGCGUGUGGCUUGUCGGAAAUGGUUCAAAGAAAUCAGCGACCUGCGGGGGAAAGAGCGCUCUCUGCUCCAUGGUGACUACCACCCUCUGCACUCGUCCGCCACAUCCCUUGCUUUCCUCCGUCUGUGGGACCAGAGUGAAAGAUACGUGACAGCUGUCAACUGGGGCGCAUCGUCCGUCACUCUCAAACUGACACCCACAGGUGAAUUACAGUUGCCAGAGCAAGCAAAAGUGAAGUUGUCUAUGGAUCCAGCCUUGAAAGCAGAGUCCAUGGUCAACCUGGACUCGAUCAACCUGGGACCUGGACACGGUGUCCUGCUGCAGUUCCCCUAUACUGGCUGAAGAGGGCGCCAGACAACAGGGAAAUUAGGGUAGUUACAAGAGGAAAACUAAACUCAACCCUGUGCCCUUGGUUUAGGUACAAACUAGGAGAUUGAAGAAACAGGAUUUUUUUUACCAUCAUGUGUAGGACUUUUUUUUUUUUUUUUAAAAGAAAUCUGUUUAUUUAGUCAGGACAGGAAGGACAAAUACAAAAUGUGCAGCACAAGUAAAGAAAACGCAGGCCAGUACCAAAUGCCAACAUAGACUAUAAUUCAAUGCAAUGAAUUGGGUUUUGAAAAAAUGUCAGUUUUAAAUGUUCCUGUUACGAAAAAAGAUUUUGCAUUCAUCAAGUUUGCUUUGUUUUAUUUAUUUUUUUUAAUUGUUGGAAGAAUUUGUUCAAAUGUUUCUUGCAAGACAUUCCAUUCAAGUUGUUUUGGGCAUUUCUUUUGGGAUAAGCUUUUAUUUUUAAGAUAGUUUUUUUUUUUUUUUUUUAACUUGUUUUACUUUGUGUUAGAAACUUUGACUUUUCAUUGACACUGAAAUGCAUGUAUCACACAGGAAAAACAAGUUCAUACGUUUGUGUGAUGUUUUACAUGAAAGUAGUCGUAAACAGAAUUUUGGCCUGUGGCAUAACGUCCUGAGUGAAAACCGAAAUGAAUAAACAAAAGUUCUUGUGCUGGCAA